GGAAGUCGUCGGAAACCUGCUAUCGCAGUUUCAUUUUUGUAUGGACUUCCAUUCUACACUGUGUACGAGCAAUGAAAGAGUUAAGAGGGUGACAAUGCCUGAAACGACUGGUAACACGCGCAAGAGUAGCCGGAGAAGAAGUGAAUGAGAGAGUGACUGGACCCACGACUCUUCACAAACUCACCUCCUCUUCAACACGAUAAAACUUGCCAACUCCUCUGGUUCACCGCGAUGACAGCUUGCGCUAAGCAAUUAAUUCAGCCAGUAUCAUCGACAAGGGAAAAUCAUCAUCAAGAUAAAGAUGCGAGGAACAAACCCCCUCAACUUCGCGUGGGUUGUCGUGCUAUGCGUGUUCGUGACGCGCCCCUGCUUUCAGGUGAAAGCGAUUGAUCUCACCAUUGACGAUCCUGACAGCAUCAAGCACGCCGCGCGUCAGCUGGCCUGGGAUCUCGUGAGCUUCUACACCGGCAACAACACGGGCGACGUGCCCGGCAACCUCCCCAACCCGUACUACUGGUGGGAAGCAGGGGCGUUCUUUGGCGCGUUGGUCAACUACUGGGCCUACACCGGCGACGCCACCUACAACGAGAUCACCACGCAAGCCAUUCUGCACCAGGCCGGAGAGAAGCACGACUUCAUGCCCUCCAACCAGACCCGCACCGAAGGGAACGAUGACCAGGCCUUCUGGGCGUUUACGGCUCUCCAGGCGGCAGAGAACAACUACCCCAACCCGCCAAGCGACCACGCCUCCUGGCUGGCUCUGGCGCAGGCGGUCUUCAACCAGCAAGCCGCGCGCUGGGACUCUGCGCAAUGCGGUGGAGGCUUGAAGUGGCAGAUCUAUCCCUUCAACAGCGGCUUCACGUAUCGCAACGCAAUCUCCAAUGGAUGUUUCUUCAACAUGGCUGCGCGAUUGGCACGCUAUACCGGGAACAACACGUAUGCGCACUGGGCCUACAAAACGUGGGACUGGGCGGCAGCGGUCCGGCUGAUCGGCCCCCAGUUCCAGGUUUAUGAUGGCACUAGCGAAGCGAACAACUGCUCCGACCUCAAUCAUGUGGAAUGGACGUACAACAAUGGAGUCUUCCUGCUUGGCGCGGCACAUAUGUGGAACUACACCAACGGCGAUGAAACCUGGCGACGCCGGAUCGAGGGGUUGCUGGGGGCGCAGAGUAUCUUCCUCUCCCUCAACGAGUCGUCGAAGAACGUGUUCUACGAGUCCGCAUGCGAGACUUGGGACACCUGUCAAACGGAUCAAUUCUCCUUCAAGGCCUAUCUCUUCCGCUGGAUGGCCGACACGGUCAAGCUGGCGCCCUUCACGCACGACCUCAUCAUGGCGCGUCUCCGAUCAACGGCGCAGGCGGCGGCGGCCCAGUGUGUGGGCGGGACCACCAAGACAUACUGCGGGAUGCAAUGGACCAUCGGGAGGUAUGAUGGGACCAAGGGGGUUGGUCAGCAGAUGUCGGCCCUCGAGGCGAUCCAGACGUUGCUCGUCGAGGGGGUGACGGGUCCUCUCACGGAGCAGACGGGGGGCUCCAGCAAGGGGGAUGGGGCUGCAGGCACCUGGCCCUCGGAUUCGGCCAGGGAUCCCACCGCGCUCAGACCCAUCACCUCUGGUGACCAGGUGGGCGCGGCGAUCCUGACGGUGGGUAUGAUCGCGUUGAUGCUGGGCACCGGAUGGUACCUUUGUCGUGAGAGCAGUGAUAUGUCCUAUGUUCGCAUGCUCAUCUAGUGUAGCAGGAGAAAUUCCUU